AUGCCGUGGCGCCCGAGAGACCUGACCCUUGGAGAUGGAGGGUGUACAGGACCUCUGCUGAAACACAGCAAUCUGAGGUUUCCAGCCGAGGCGGAAGUCCAAAGAGACAAAACGAGACCGCCGGACUACCUGAAGGAAAGUGAACUCGUGGCCUUGAUGGAUCAGAAUGGCAUCGGCACCGAUGCCUCGAUCCCACAACACGUACAGAAUGUGGUUGACCGGCACUACGUGAUGAUUUGUGGCCCCGGGGAUGAUGGACAACGCGGAGAAAUCAUUUCGAAAGGCAGAGGCAAGGGGAAGAAAGGGAAGGGCAAAAGCAAAGGAGUCAAAGGUGAAGAUGGACGGCCUGCCUCAAGGCCCGGCAGGACCUGGCAGGGCCUGCUGCUUUGA